GAUUUUUGAUUGUUUACGAUUCCCAGUUCGUCUGCUGCUGCCGACCGCCUGGGUCGUUUGUGCCAUUGACGAUCCUUUUAAGAAACCGAUAUUUUUUGCACUAUUUUUACAUUAUCUGCAACGUAGUGCCAUUUCUUCAUUGUCAACUGUGAAUGGCGCAGCUGCCAUUUGUCCACCACUAACCAGGCUCGUGGGUCAUCGGAUUCAAAUCGCUUUCUCAUCCACGAGAUCGUUUUUCUACUCCAGGCGAAGUGAUCUUGGCAUUGAUCAGUCACACCGUCGAAUGCCUCUAGGUCCCGUCUCCGCCGGCCAAACACGGUAGAAUCCAAAGAGGACUAUUUCCAUACGUAGAAAAAAAAGAAAAAGAGUAAAAGCCAGCUGUCAAAGUGGCUUCGUCAAUUAUUCACGACCGGUUCACUUUAUUCAGAUUUUUUUUUUUUGUAUAUUCAAUCCAUACUCUUGGCAGAUCCGCCAUUCCUGACCAUAAAGGACCCCCCCUUUCCAAGAGAAAGUCUUGAGAAACUUUUUUAUUUAUUUUUAUUUUCGAGAUUAUCAUCCAAUAAAACAUAAGAGUGUGGGUAUUGCGUCAAUCGCGUUCUACUUGUGUGUAUGUCGCCGGGACGACGACAACAACAACGAUCGUUGAGCUGGUCUGGGCAAUCUCAUUUUUCAUUGCGCUGGCGCGAAGGAGCAACCGUGUUUGUGUUUUGUUUUUUUGUUGCGUUCUUCUUCUUUUUUUUAUUUUUGUUUUUCUUCUAUCUUUUGGUACGAGUCGUAACGUGAUCCAGUCGGUUCACUGGACCGGCGUCUUGCAUCCUUUUCUCUUUCUGCUUCGCUUCCUCCACUUCUUCUUCCUCCUUUCAUCUUUUACUUCCUUCCAUUCGCUUGAUAUUUUCAGAUUUUAUUUUUUUUUUUUUCACUUAAAAAAGAAGAAGAAGGGGUGGAGUGGCUCCAUCAUCCGCUUUUGCCUGUAAUCCGUUCCAAACGGGACGUUAGUUUCUCUCGUAUCGCCCCCCCCCCCCUCGUCACCCUCCUGCGAACUCGGGUCCCGGCUCCCGAAAUAGAAUUUCCGUCAGCGUACAGUUGACUCCUGCACAUGAUUUUCGAGUUUUUUUUUUUCUUUCUUCGUCUGUGCGACUCCCUGGCCUCCAUAGUCCGGUAGCAGCAGUUCUCCCCCUUCCCUUCUUACACCAUUCGCAUUCCGGAUGAGUUGUCCGAUGGAUCAGUUUCUCUCCUAUGAGCUCCAUUUUUUAAAAAACUAGUUAAGUGCAUUGUUAAAAAAUCUGUUUGAGUGAGUGAGUGUGUGGCCCCAUUGAUGCGAUUAUCUGUGUCCAUGUGUCCUGAAUGGUGCAGAGCCCAAAAAAAUUGUUCAUUUUCCCCCUUUUGUUUUUAAUUUGCCGAUGUUGCCAAUUGACUUACAGCAACUCGAAAGUGAUGGAGAGCGCGUGAAGUAGCGCCAUGUGUUGCCGGCUGGCCGGCAGGACAGAUGCCCACGCACAACCUAAAUGAAUUGUACCACACAUUUGGAAGGGACUGAAUAGAAAAAGAGAGAGAGAGAGGGAAAAAAAACGAGCAGUAAGGAACGAGAUCAUCCAAGGCCAACAAGAAACAGGAAUACAAAAAAGCAGAUUAAUAGAACCGUGAAAAAUAGUUGUUUUCUGUCGGAACGAGUCAUUGCCCGAUCCUUUAUGUCUUUUGUCCAUUAAUCAAAGCUAAAAGCUUUAAAAAAAAAAAAGACAAACAAAAAACUUGAGAAAGAGAAACUAAUCAAACAAGUUAUUGAUGGACAACAGACGACUGUGCAGUGCCUCGUCAACGCCGAUGGCUGGCCAAGUGCGCCUGCAGUAAUGCCAACGCCCCUGGCGCCGUAUUCCAGUUUUGUCGUCAUCAUCGACACGCUAGUGGUGGUGGUCGCCGCCGCCCGCCCGCCGGUUUGAAUGACUGAAACAAUAACUGAACCAGUUGCACUUUCAAGAUGGUCGUCAACGGAGGUAACAGUCAACAGCAGCAGCCGGCACCUCCGCCGCCGCCGGACGUCAACAACAUCAUGGGCGGAAUUGAGCAGACGGUCGGCGUGCGUAUGCACAAUCACCGACGCAAACUCCGCCAAAGGUUCGAUUUGGUGCGUAAACUCGGACAGGGAACGUACGGCAAAGUUCAAUUGGGCAUCAAUAAAGAGACGGGCCAAGAGGUGGCCAUUAAGACAAUUAAGAAGGCCAAAAUCGAAACGGAAGCGGAUUUGAUUCGAAUCCGGCGCGAGAUUCAGAUCAUGUCGUCUGUCCGUCACCCCAACAUAAUUCACAUCUACGAAGUGUUUGAGAACAAGGAGAAGAUGGUCUUGGUCAUGGAAUACGCAGCAGGCGGUGAACUAUACGACUACCUCAGUCAGCGCAAAGUACUCAACGAGACGGAGGCCAGACGAGUCUUCCGCCAAGUCGCUUCCGCCGUCUAUUACUGCCACAAGCACAACAUUUGCCAUCGCGACUUGAAACUGGAAAACAUUUUGCUGGAUGAAAACAAAACGGCCAAGAUUGCUGAUUUCGGUUUAUCCAACGUCUUUGACGAUCGACGUCUGCUGACGACGUUCUGCGGUAGCCCUUUGUAUGCCAGUCCGGAGAUUGUCCGUGGAACUCCGUACCAUGGCCCCGAAGUGGAUUGUUGGUCUUUGGGUGUUUUGCUCUAUACGCUCGUUUACGGAGCCAUGCCUUUCGACGGAUCCAAUUUCAAGCGACUCGUCAAACAGAUCUCGUCGGGCGAGUAUUACGAACCGCCUGACAAACCAUCAACUGCUUCGCCCUUGGUUCGUCACAUGCUGCUCGUCGACCCGGCCAAGCGAGCCAAUGUCGAGGACAUUUGCUCCCACUGGUGGGUCAAUGAAGGCUACGGAGAAUCAUGUUUGGAAGUGGCUGAAGAACUGGCCAACCAGACGCCUGUCCGGCUCGAUUUACUUCUUUCGCUCGUUCCACCACCAGAGUCGACUGAGACGGUCGUCGUCGACAGCGCCAAAGCGGAUCCAUCCGUAACUAUGGGAAAGGAAGGCGAUUCCAUGAACGAGUAUUACUCAGCAGCGGAGCCGAUCGUCUCAGCCGACGCUGCCAAAUCGGGUGGUGUCAAAAAGAAAAGUUCGGGCCAGUCCGGCAAAGAAGCCGACAAGGCGUCCACUAUCAAAAGACGGCGAGCGGAAACGGGUGAAAUCAAAUCAGCUGAUGAAUUAAUCAGUGAGGACGGCAACGGUGGUUGUCCGCCGUCAGCUGAUUUGGAUGCUCAAAGUUCUGCGGGACCAAGUCCCAUCGACGACUCGGGCAUCCAGACGUCGAUGCGAGAGGAAGAUGAGGUGGCGGGCGUCCAGUCUGCGACGGAAGAGGUACGAACGAACACGACCGAAGCCAAACCGAAAUGUGAUGUAACGGACGUUGAUAUGGACGAGGGUAUUAGCACGUCCAGCCAAGCGGAUAAUCGAUCCAACAGCGUACAAGUCACCUCUUGUAUGCCCAACCCGAAUCUAACACCCAAUGCCUGUUCCGUCCCCAAAUCUUGCUCCUCUAGUGCCGCAACGGUCAUAACUUCCACUUCAUCCAUCCCGCAGUGUCCCCCUGUUAGCCAACAUUCUCCAACGACAUCCGCAUUUCAACAGACGCCAAUGACCUUGGCGCUUGUAGACGGCGACGCUAUCGAUUCAACUGCCAAUCGAGCAGCUGAGGUUAUUGUGCCUACUGCUGGCGGUCCUACCUGUCCUCCCUGCGCGCGAGUUCCAGAGGAUCAGGCUCAUCUUGUUACGUCUCCUGGACAGUCGGAAUCUCAUCUGCCGGUAGACAAGAUGGAUGCGAAAGGAUCUGUGCCAGCUGUAGAUGUCGUCACAAUCGCAGAGCCAGAAAAGGCCGCCCCGUCUUCCACCUCUCCUCAGUCACCCCCCACCUUACCGCCCGGUUUAAAUCAGGUUCCCUCCCCACCACCUCCGUCUACUACCCCCCUUGCAGACGAAAAGACCAAGUCAGCUGGCGACGAUGGAGCAACAACGGCCAGUAGCAAGACGGCCAAUAAGGAGGCCAGCGGCAAUCGUUCCGAUGCGUCGUCUGCUGCACCAAAUGCUUCGCUGGCUGUUGCCAAUCGGCGUCCGGCCAAUAGCAACAAACCGGCUGGACCGGCGGCAGCUGAACAACGUCAUUCGAAGAUACUCCGCCAGGCGGAAAUUUUCAACAGCCUCGUAAUGAGUCACUCGCGAAAUGAAGCGACGACGACUGGACCCAAGAGUACCAUGACGCUGGAACGACCCAAAAAAGUCACCAUUUUCAGCUACAAGCUGAAUGACACAAGGCGGCCAUCGGACAGUCGGAUGGAACCCAAAGUGCCCACUAUUGUUCCCGUUUUGAAAGUCUCAGACGCCAAACGUGCGUUUGAGAACUCUGCGGCUGCUGCUGCCCAGCAGCACCGGAAUGUCGGCAGCAGCAGCACGACGUCUAGUCAUCAUCAUAAUAGUCUACCGAGACGGACGCUCAUUCAAACUCCGGCUUCAUCCGUCAGCACUGACGCCAUGCUGCCCAAAACGUUGAAUCAACAACGCGCUGGCCAUGCCACUUCCAUGGCAGCUAUGUCGACCACCACCGCCGCACCAUCUUCCGGCAAAGAAUCCGAUCCGUUGCAACCCGUGCAGGGAGUACAGCCGGGCGAGCAGGUAGUAGUGGGUGGACUUGGCGUCAAGAUCGGAGCUAUCGGCAAAGUCACGGAAAUCGGCAUGAAGGUUAAGACGGAGGAAAAUCACCAGUCCGCUAAUCGGGAAGCUCCUAAGGAUACGACAACCAGUUCUGGACGAAAAGAAGAUAACGAUGUUAAACCACAGCUGUCCGGCAACGAAAAGAAAGUGGAACGAUCGAGCGGAGAACAAGAAGCCAAAGCUGGUGAGGCAGUUGACCCUGCCACCGUGAAAGAGGUGCAGUCACCAACGAAAGAGAAGCUUUCGAAAUCCGCCAAAAAAGUCAAAGAAUCUGACGAGGUUUCGACGCUUCCGGUCAAAGAUCAAGAGCCGAAAGUGCAUGAAAUUCAGGUGACGUUGGACACGGGCGAAUCGGAGCCGAAAAUCGCUUCCAUGUUAGUUGCUUCCGUACCUACUCCACCUAAGGAUCCGCCAGCGGUCCGUCCGACCAGCCUCCCUACUGCCGUACCUCCUCCUGCCGCCAAACCGACCAAGACAUCGACCACGUUGCCAACGAACGAAAGGAUGACUUCACCUCCGCCGAAAUCGAAUCGGGUGGCUUCCCCACCUCCGCAACCUGCGCUGCCAAUCGCUUCACCUCCCCCACGGCCCACACGGAUCGCAUCACCGACGGCAGUUGCGAGCAAUAAACAAACGAGUGCGGUGUCGCCACCUCCUCCAGUCGAUCAAUCCGUUAAUCAAAGGCCUCAGUCUCCUGCCCCGACGCAACCAUCGAGCCGGCCAAUGUCUCCUGUUUAUGCAUCAUCAGUUACUUCAACAGACAGGACUGACGAUGACUGCAUUGCUGGAUCUGAGAAUGCUUUUAUGCGCGGCAUUCGGAGUCCCACACGAGACCAUCCGCCUGCCGUUCCGACGUUAACCAAACGUUUCUCGAAAGGGCCUGGCGAAAUGCCGCUCGAUAUUGGAAUGGUGAUGGUGGAGGCGAAACCCGUUCAAAAAGCUGAAAUUAAUAUCGCUGUCAAUGUUGCAUCCGCUAAUCCGAGGGAGCGGAUCAUUCCGAUCCGCGUGGAAGGAAGAGGAGAAACGAUUACAGCGCCAACGGCGGUUGGAGGAUUAGCCGCAUCGGACAGCAGCAAAGCCGUUCCGAAAUCGCUCAACCCCAUUUCCGUCCAAACGCGAGCCACUCCGCCGCGGGUCGCUUCGCCACCGCUGACACAACCUGCAAAGCCCGUCUCCAUCCGUCCUAGUAGUGGAAAUCGACAGGAAUCGACGCAGAUACUCGCCUCCGCAGAGACUAUUAAUCCCGAGAGCAAAAAAGGGAUCCGUGAACCGAUACGGGAAUCUGUCAGGGAGCCCAUUCGCAAGUCACCCCGUGAAUUUAUAAUUCCUAUAACGGUCGAAGGCGUUGGUUCUAGUCUUCCGGCAACGACCGAAACUUCAUCGUCAUCGGCUACAUCCUUGCGAACGAGUCGUUUCGAUAGGACCAAGCGCUACGGGAGUUUGUAUCACGACGGCGAAACGGAUUUCGAUGUUAGCCAGACAUCAGCCGAUAUCGAUCAACCAGCCAGUUCGCUUCAUCACUUGCAGCGUUUGAGUUCCUUCAAAAAAUCCCACGACGAGCCGGAAAGCGCUCGAGGACGACGAGGCAGUGACAGUUCUAUCGAUGACGACAUCGAUGACGAUGACGACACUUUCCAAAUUCUAACGGCCGAGCAUCGCGUCGGCCUCCACGUCUCAGCGAGCUUACAGUUGUUAAAAAAAAAAAAACAACACAGAUGAAAACUGUAAAUAGGA